UGCCGGGGGAGGGAGGGAGGAGCUGGGGGGGCGGCGAUGGAGCCGGAGCCGGGCGAGCGGAGCCGGCGGGCGGCGGCCUGAAGCCCCCGCCGGCAGCGGCAGCGGAGCCCCCCGACCCCCGGCGCCGAGCCCACCCUGAGGAAUGAGCGCUUUCCAGGCAGACCUCCUCCUCCUCCUGCUCGGCUGCCUCCUGCUCAGCCACGAACUGGGGCUCCCAGGAAGAGGAUGCUGCCUAGUCCUGGGGUUCAUGUACAAGGAGAAGUACCGCAGGAUGACUGAAGGCCAAGCGUCGUCAUUCACGCAGCAGCCCCAGGACCAGGUGGUGAUCGCUGGGCAGCCAGUGACCCUGCUCUGUGCCAUCCCCGAGUACAAUGGCAUCGUGCUCUGGAUCAAGGACGGGCUGGCCCUUGGAGUCGGACGGGACCUCUCAAGUUAUCCGCGCUACCUGGUCGUAGGAGACCAUCUGUCAGGACAGCACCACUUGAAAAUCCUGAGGGCUGAUCUCCAGGAUGACGCCGUGUACGAGUGCCAGGCCAUCCAGGCUGCCAUCCGAUCCAGACCUGCCCGGCUGACCGUCCUGGUUCCUCCAGAUGAUCCUGUCAUUAUGGGGGGGCCCAUCAUCAGCCUGAGAGCAGGAGACCCCCUGAACCUGACCUGCCACGCAGACAAUGCCAAGCCAGCAGCCUCCAUCAUCUGGAUGCGGAGAGGAGAAGUCAUCAAUGGAGCCACCUACUCCAAGACACUUCUCCGUGAUGGCAAGAGGGAGAGCAUCAUGAGCACCCUUUUCAUCGCCCCCUCCGACAUUGAGAACGGGGAGAGCAUCGUGUGCCGCGCCACCAACAAAGCCAUUCCCGGUGGGAAGGAGACCUCGGUCACCAUCGACAUCCAGCACCCACCCCUGGUGAACUUGUCCGUGGAGCCGCAGCCGGUGCUCGAGGACAACACUGUGAAGUUCCACUGCUCCGCCAAGGCCAACCCCGCCGUCACCCAGUACAGGUGGGCGAAAAAAGGCCAGGUUAUAAAGGAAGCCUCUGGUGACUUCUAUGAAACCAUCGUGGACCACACCUUCUUCUUUGAGCCUGUCUCCUGCGAGGUCACCAAUGCCCUGGGCAGCACAAACAUCAGCAGGACAGUGGAUGUCUACUUUGGGCCCAGGAUGGCGACAGAACCGCAGUCCCUGCUGGUGGACCUGGGCUCGGAUGCCGUCUUCAACUGCGCCUGGACCGGGAACCCCUCCCUCACCAUCGUCUGGAUGAAGCGAGGCUCGGGCGUGGUCCUGAGCAAUGAGAACAAGCUGACCCUGAAGUCUGUGCGCCAGGAAGACGCCGGGAAAUACGUGUGCCGGGCCGUGGUGCCGCGGGUGGGCGCGAGCGAGCGGGAGGUGACGCUCACCGUCAACGGGCCCCCCAUCAUCUCCAGCACCCAGACCCAGCACGCCCUGCACGGCCAGAAGGGGCAGAUCAAGUGUUUCAUCCGCAGCACUCCACCCCCAGACCGCAUUGCUUGGUCCUGGAAGGAGAACGUCCUGGAAUCCGGGACCUCCGGGCGCUACACGGUGGAGACGGUCAGCACGGACGAGGGGGUCAUCUCCACACUGACCAUCAGCAACAUCGUCCGGGCCGACUUCCAAACCAUCUACAACUGCACUGCCUGGAACAGCUUUGGCUCCGACACCGAGAUCAUCCGGCUCAAGGAGCAAGGUACGGAAAUGAAAUCAGGAGCUGGUAUUCAAGCAGAGUCGGUGCCCAUGGCAGUGAUCAUCGGCGUGGCCGUGGGGGCCGGCGUGGCUUUCCUGGUGCUGAUGGCCACCAUCGUCGCCUUCUGCUGCGCCCGCUCCCAGAGGAAUCUCAAGGGUGUGGUUUCUGCCAAGAACGAUAUCCGCGUGGAGAUCGUGCACAAGGAGCCGGCCUCGGGCAGGGAGGCGGAGGAGCACCCGACCAUCAAGCAGCUGAUGAUGGACCGGGGGGAGUUCCAGCAGGAUUCGGUGCUGAAGCAGCUCGAGGUGCUCAAAGAGGAGGAGAAGGAGUUUCAAAACCUGAAGGACCCCACCAACGGCUACUACAGCGUGAACACCUUCAAGGAGCACCACUCCACCCCCACCAUCUCGCUGUCGGGCUGCCCGGCCGACCUGCGCCCGGCCGGGAAGCAGCGGGUGCCCACGGGCAUGUCCUUCACCAACAUCUACAGCACCCUGAGCGGGCAGAGCCGCCUCUACGACUACAGCCAGCGCUUCGUGCUGGGCAUGGGCAGCAGCUCCAUCGAGCUGUGCGAGCGCGAGUUCCAGCGCGGCUCCAUGAGCGACAGCAGCUCCUUCCUCGACACCCAGUGCGACAGCAGCAUCAGCAGCAGCGGGAAGCAGGAUGGCUACGUGCAGUUCGACAAGGCCAGCAAGGCCUCCGCAUCCUCCUCCCACCACUCCCAGUCCUCUUCCCAAAACUCGGACCCCAGCCGGCCCCUGCAGAGGCGGAUGCAGACGCACGUUUGAGCCCCUCCGGGGGCCGCUCGGGACCCUCCGCGUGGGCGCCGUGGCGCUCGGACAGUGGCGCCCGCCGGCAGCGGCGGUGGGAAGAGGCCGGAUCCAGCCCCCAGAGCGGGGCUGCGGGGCGGGGGGCCGGCCCAGCAUCCCCCCCUGCCCGGUACAUGCUAAGCACAACCCCGCCGAGGACGCGCUGAGCCCCGGGGAGCCGGAGCCGCCCCCUCCGCGGGGCUGGGGACGCCCCCGGCCCCGCCGCGCCCCCCCAGCCGCUCGCCUCCGCUUCCCGCUGCCCUCUCCCACCCGGCUCCUUCCCUUCCCUCGUCGUGUUCGGUGUCCAUACUUAUAAGAGUCCGUUUCGGGGGGGUUUUGGGGGGGUCCCGCCACGUGGGACAGGAUGGGGGGGACAUCGGUGGGACAGGGACCCCCCGGGAAGGGCCUCUCCAGCUGUAUCGCGGCGCCGCGGUCAAUACAAGAGGUGUUUCUCGUGGCA